AUGGUGCUCGACGCCUAUCUUUCAUCUGCAUCAUGCUGCCUAUCCCAGCUGCUCACCAACGCUGUCCGAGCCUUCAGGCAACUUGGAAGCAUGAGGAGGGAGACUGUUCUUAUCGUGGGGGCAAACCGCGGGAUCGGAAACAAACUCCUGAAGGCAUUUGUUGAGGAGUCAUGGGACGUUACGGCUAUCGUUCGGCCCAAAACACGCACAGAAAAGGAUCCGACGGUUGUGGAGCUCGAGAAAGCAGGUGUGAGACUCUUGGAGCUAGAUUAUCUUGAUGAAGCCACCAUCUCUCGAGCAGCGGCUCUAUACGGUGCCGAUCGACCUCUUGACCUCCUCAUCAACGUUGGUGGCCUCUCGCCUCAUCCAAAGCCAUGGCAGGAGCAAACAGGGGAGAUGAUGGUGGAGAAGUUCCGCGUAAUGGCUGUUGGCCCUAUCCUUACCAUCGGGCACUUCCUCCCGAGCUUGGAGCUUGGCGAUAACACAAAGAUAGUCAAUAUCUCCUCCGCCUUUGGCUCAGUUUCAAAGAACUCUUUUGGUACAUGCAUGGCCUACCGUAUGGCGAAGACGGCUCUCAACCAAGGCACUGUCACCAUGGCUCGUGAGUGGGAAAAGGAAGGACGAAACCUGACGAUGGUGAAUGUCGAGCCUGGAUUCAUCUUGACCCGGCUCACAGGGUGGGAUGGGGUUGACGAUAUGACAACCUGUAUUGCUGGCUUAAUGAGGGUAUUCAAGGACAUUACGCCCCAGGACAACGGAACCCUCAUCAAGUGGGACGGGAACAGAAUUCCAUACUAA